AGUUGAAUUUCUACAUUCGGAUAAGUUGGGUAAAAUGGAGAUUUAGUAAAGCAGAACUUCACCUUUUGGAGAAAUGGAUUUAAAAUACUGUUUUAUAUUACUGUUUGGUAUCAUAAAUGAGGUACUACAAGUCUCAGGAAUUGCACCUAAAGGUCAUCCUAGAGAGAUGAAAACAAAAUCAGUAGAAAAAAAUCUUAUCAGAAUGUUAUUAAAUCGAUAUGAACAAUUUGGAGUAAUUGGACGACCAGUAAAUGACAGCAAAAUUAAAGUCGAUGUUCGUUAUGGAUUACAACUUUUCCAAAUUUUGGAUUUAGAUGAAAAUAAACAAAUUUUACGAACUAAUUGUUGGUCGAUGUAUAAAUGGACAGAUUCUCUACUUCGUUGGAAUGAAAGUGAUUAUGGAAAUAUCAAAACAGUUCGAAUAUUCCCUUCACAGAUUUGGACGCCGGAUAUCAAACUGUAUAAUUUUGCUGAUGAACGCUUACGUGAACACAGAGAUGCUCGUGUUGUAGUGUCAAGUAAUGGAGAAAUGUUAUGGGUUCCACAAGCAUUGUUUAAAAGUACAUGUGAAGUUGAAAUCACAUAUUUCCCUUUUGAUACACAAAUAUGUAUGCUAGAAUUCGGAUCUUGGACGUACGAUAAAACACAAAUGGACAUAUCAUGGUGGAUUCCAGAUUCACCUCCCAUAGAAGAAAUGCCAUAUUUAGAUUUCUCAGAUUAUGUACCAAGUAAUGAAUGGCGUACGGAUGGCGAGAAAGAACGUGAAGUACACCAUGUCAACCGUACUAUACAAAUUCGAUCAGUUAAGAAACAUCGACGUCGAAGUCAAACUGUUGGUAAUGAAGUGAUCACAAGAGAAUAUCCAGUUUUACGAUAUUUAAUACGUUUGAGAAGGAACCCGAGUUUUUAUGUAUUCAUGUUAGUGAUUCCAUGUGUUUUGUUAUCAUCUUUAACAUUGGUUGUAUUCUGGUUGCCGCCAGAAUCUCCAGCAAAAAUGAUGCUUGGUAUGAAUAUAUUUGUUGCAUUUUUCGUUUUACUCUUACUGUUGGCUGAGUCCACACCUAGUGCUGUGAAAAAUUUCCCACUAAUUGGAGUGUAUUUUUGUUUGAAUAUGAUUAUGAUCACACUGUCCACGUUUUUGGCAACUUUGGUGAUCCAUCUUUAUUUUCGAGGCGAUCGUAAUGGAUCAGUUCCUUAUGUUUUGAGAAGAAUUAUUAUAGAGGGUAUUGGACGACUCACAUUAGUACGACAGCGAAUUCCUCUACCGGAAAUGAAAAAACCAAUUAGGCCGGCAAUAAUAAAACCUCACAAGAAGAUUCAAAUUCCAGGUAUGUCACCCAAUAAAAUGCCAACAAAUGAAGAAACAUACUGUGAGAAUGAACGUAUUAAACAUUUUGGAGGUGGAGCAUUUCAACAAUGCAAUAUGAUUGGUAGUAAUUUUUUGUAUGGAGAAGAGCAAUUAGGAGGAGCUGCUAGUAAUUGGUUUGCUCCAAAUGAACGUCGUUCUGUCCCAAGAUACCCUAAUCAAUUCGAUUCUUAUCCAAUGGCCACACCAAUUAAUAAUAUAUCUCAUAUACCGGGAAGUGCGGGCAAAUCAUCAGAAAAUGAGCCAGAUAAUGCAGUUAAUCAUGAUGAAUCACCAUCAGUUUUAAGUUCAACCACUACAUUGGAGCGUGAUGUGAGAGAGUUGAAAAAAUACGUCAAAAUGUUAGUUAACCGACAAAAGGAAACAGCUCGUAAAAGUUUAGUGGCUAUGGAAUGGCGCACUUUGGCUAUUGUCUUAGAUCGUUUAUUUUUCUUUAUUUACAUUACCACCAUAGUAAUUGCAGUAGUUGUUUCAGUACCACGAAGUACUGAACCAGAAGUUCCACCAGCAUUUCGCGAUGAUUAAAACUGUUGACUGUAUCAAGAGAUACCAAUGAACGAACGACUUUUUGCUCAGAAAAAAAUCAUUUGAUGAAAUUGAAUUAAAACAUAAUUAGUCAAUAUAUUUUUAUUUUCUAAAUCUCUUGGCUAGCAAAACCAUUUUCAUGUUUUUUCUUCAUUCUUAAUAACUGUUAAUAAUUUAUUUCUUUGACUAACAAUUAUUGUACGAAACAAAUUUUAAACAUUGAAAGGAGAUACUAUUUACAAAUUUCGAAUUAUCAUUUUUACUAAGCAUCACAUUUUAAAAUAGAAUAAUCUCUUUUCAUUAGAUUCUUUUACAUAUUGUGUCAUGCAUAUAUUUUUCUCUUAUUUAUAAAAUUGUAUCACAACAUCUUUCAGUUUUACUGUUCAUACAUGUGAAUUGUCUUUGAUUUGAUAAUCCAUAUUCAUUCUUUUUUGUUUUUUAAACUGUUAUAUAUUUCAUUUGUGUAUAAGUUUCAAUAGUUCUCAUACAGUAUAAUACAGGAUGAUAUUUCAAUAGAUGUUUUCAUGAAUUGUUUGUUGGUCACUUUGACUAUGGUAGGGAAAUGAUUACAAAAUGCACAUAUUCAAUUUAACGUACACAAAGAACUGUUGUUUAAAAAAAAUAAUAUUUUGUUUUUAUUGU